UUGAAAAAAGCUGUAGAACUUAUAGAUUCAAAUUUAUAUUGAAGCUGCUGGUGUUUGUUAAUGUUUUAUCUCUGUGUUGUGAUAUUUGUGUCUGUCAGCCUUCAUCCAGUCGACAUGGAGCAGACCUUCAUCGCUGUGAAGCCUGACGGCGUCCAGAGAGGACUGUGCGGCGAGAUCAUCAAGCGAUUCGAGCAGAGAGGCUUCAGGCUUGUCUCCGCCAAGUUCAUGCAGGCUUCUGAGGACUUCAUGAAGCAGCACUACCUGGACCUGAAGGACAUGCCUUUCUACGGAAGUCUCUGCAAGUACAUGUCCUCUGGACCCGUCCUCGCCAUGGUGUGGGAGGGGCAGAGCAUUGUGAAGCUGGCCAGGAUGAUGCUGGGUGAGACCAACCCCGCUGACUCCAAGCCAGGCAGCAUCCGUGGAGACCUGUGCAUCAACAUCGGCAGGAACAUCAUCCACGGCAGCGACACCCUGGAGAACGCCAAGCGUGAGGUCGGACUGUGGUUCAAGCCCGAGGAGAUGGUCGCCUACACCCCUUGUGCCAAGGCCUUCCUGUACGAGUAAACUGGCCAAUCACCAACCAGUAACCUACACCCACCUGGACCCCACUGACCCCGCCCCCCGUCACACCCGACA